AUGGCCGCCACUCAACUGAAAUGGGAUUUGUUUCUGGCCAAAGCUUUAGUCAGCACACUGCUGGUGCUCCUGUGUUUGCACACGUCAACAGGAAUGUCAGGGUGGGGUGGAUGUUUGGAUGGUCAGGAUGUAUUUGCAACAAUCAGAGAAAACAGCCAUUGGGGAGAGGUUGUCACUGAGCUCAUGGCCGACACCAGGAUGGAGGGGGUUCACUGGAGGCUGGAUGGAAAGGAUGCUGCCUGGUUCUUCUUGGACGAGAGAUACAUCCGGCUCAACACAUCAGCUGACAAGAUCCUGGACAGAGAGGCCCAGGGUCCUUUUUUAAAAGCUGAUUUGUCGUGUUAUGAAGAGGACACAUUUCAGAGUGUGUACAGAAUCAUGGUGGAGAUUCUCAAUGAGAAUGAUAAUUCCCCUGUGUUUUCCACAAACACUGUACACUCUCUUUCGGUCAGUGAGCUGACUCCAGUGAACACUGUGGUCUUUACUGUUCUAGCCACAGACGCGGAUAACGAUAAGAUCAUUUACUCCAUUGACCAGACAUCACCCGAUGCAGAGUACUUUAAGGUCGUUCUCCCCAACAGUGGAGAGGUGAUCCUGUCCAAGCCUCUUGACUAUGAGACCAAAACCUCGCUCAGUGUCACCAUCCACGCUUCGGAAAUGACUACCGCUGAGCGCUAUAAUACCAGCACCAACAUUACCAUCUUCGUCCUGGAUGGAGAUGACCAGUACCCACAGUUCCUGCCGUGCAUGCUUCUUCUCCAAAAUGAAACCAGUCGUAUAUGUGCCAGUCCGGUUUACGCUGUCAAUGUCACAGAGGGGGAAGAGGACAUUGUGCUUGACUUCUUUCCUGGUCCUAUUCAUGCAGUGGAUGGAGACAGAGGACUUAACUCACCAGUCAGUUAUGCCAUUGUCUCAGGAGAUGAUGAUGGGCGUUUCCUGAUAGACAGAGAGACGGGCGAGAUGAGACUGGUUCAUGGGGUGAUGGACAGACUCUUAACUCCAUUGGUGCCCCUACAAAUCAUGGCUUAUCAAGAUGACGACCCCAGGAAGUAUUCUGUUGCUACUGUGUUGGUCCGAUUUGUGGCUGUAAACCAGUUUCUUCCAGAGUUUGAAAUGGCUGAAUAUCAAGGCUUUGUGACUGGAGGGAAGAGCCCUGUUUCUCUUGUCAAUACCUACGUGCUGAAAUGCUGA